CACGCCUCUGCACGCGCAUGGGCGUAGAAUCUGCGGCUGUGCGCUGCUGCUGCUGCUCUCAGUCUGAGACUCAAUUCCGAUUUCUUUUUUCCUUUUUUUUUUUUAAACGAAAAUGGCGUCCAACCAAGGAGCUGUCACUGCGCUUCAGAACCACCACCACUACACAAGCGGACCUCACUGGAGCCCGGGGAGCAGCCAGUACCAACAGCAGUACCACCAGCAACAACAGCACCAACAGCAGCAGCAGCAGCAGCAACAGCAGCAGCAGCACCUCACGGCCCGGAGCCUGGAGCGAGCUCUGGAGGAUGCUGUCUGCUCCGGGAUCCUCAACCUAAGCGGGAGGAAGCUGAGGGAGUACCCGGGGCUGAGUUACGACCUCACCGAUACAACACAAGCAGAUCUGUCCAAAAAUCGUCUCUCUGAAGUCCCUCCGGAAGUUUGUCUCUUUGCCCCUCUCGAGUCCCUCAACCUCUACCACAACUGUAUCAAGUGCAUCCCAGAAGCCAUCAUCAACUUGCAGAUACUGACGUAUCUUGACAUCAGUCGAAAUCUAAUAUCCGUAUUGCCCAAACACUUGUUCAACCUUCCGCUCAAAGUUCUACUCGUGAGCAACAACAAGCUGGUGUCCAUCCCCGAAGAGAUCGGCAAAGCCAAAGAACUAAUGGAGCUUGAUGUGAGCUGUAAUGAGAUCCAGGCGCUGCCGGCCCAGGUCGGCCGUCUCCAUGCCUUACGAGAACUCAACGUCAGGAAGAACUGUCUGCAGAUUCUUCCGGAAGAGUUGGCUGAUCUGCCUCUCAUUCGACUUGACUUCUCCUGCAAUAAGAUCACUGAGAUCCCAGCAGCUUACCGGAAACUCAGGCAACUGCAGCACAUCAUCCUCGAUAACAAUCCUAUGCAGUCUCCUCCAGCACAGAUUUGCCUCAAGGGGAAAGUGCACAUUUUCAAGUACCUGAACAUUCAAGCGUGCAGGUCGGACAAAAAGCCAGAUACCCUGGAUAUCCCCUCCCUCGGGAAACGUUGUCUUCAACAGCAACUCACAGAUAGCAUAGAAGAUUUUUAUCCCAGUAAGAACCACGGGCCUGACUCUGGGAUUGGGAGUGACAAUGGUGACAAGAGGCUGUCAACAACUGAGCCUUCAGACGACGAUACCGUCAGCCUCCACUCUCAGGUGUCUGAGACAGCCCGCGCCGAUGCUCUCUCAAUCCUUUCCAAAAUGGACUCUUGCAAAGAUCAGGAUCUGUAUGACUUUAUAGAACCCAACCCGGAUGAGGAUCCUGCUCUGUCAGAGUGUGAUGGACAGCAGAACUCUCAUGUGUCAUGUAUUAAGGAAUUGGAAAAGGUUCUUAACUUGUCUCACCAAAGCAAAGACAAGGAGAGCUGGAAAGAGGAGUCAAGUUCCGACAAAGAGCAGCUACUGGAAGAGGAGGAUGAUGAACUGAAGGAGGUGCUAGAUCUGAGGAAAAUUGCCGUACAGCUUUUGCAACAGGAGCAGCAGAACAGACGACGGUCCUUAAUUUGCAGAGCGGAAAGUCUCAUCCAUCGACGCAGAGUAACUGGUCGAGCUCACAGAUUUCUAAGUCACUCUGGGAGCUCUGGCAGCAAAGCCAGGCCUGCUCCUCAACCUCGCAGUGCUUCGUUGGAUGAGGGAAGUAGCGGCGCAUCGGUGCUAAGUGCACAGCCUCCAUCAUCCUGCUCCUUUGACGGCAGCCUGAGGAUGGAUCAGUCCGAUUCAGAGUCCAAAUGGCCGGAGGUCCCGCCUGUCCUCAAUCAAAAUGAAGAUCGCAAGAGAAACAAAUAUCUGAGAAAAGAUUAUCUCAAGUACAAAUGCCAGAGUGCCCGGAAAAACUGCGGCGGGGAUGACGACUGUGAGGAGAGUUUACGCAACUCAGAUUUCAGCACCACUCUUACUGUGUUUGGACUCAAGCCAAGAUCAGCCUUUACCAGAGGAAGUCAUCAGGAGUUCAGCUCCACUGAGCCCAGCUUCACGAUGAGGAGAAAGAUGGAACAUUUAAGAGAGGAAAUUGAGCAAAUAGGAAUCCUACGACAGAACAUUGAGUCCAAACUCAAGGUGCUGCUUCCAGACGAUGUCGGAGUUGCUCUGAUGGAUGGCGUGAUCCUUUGUCAUUUAGCCAAUCACAUUUGUCCUCGCUCUGUGGCCAGCAUCCACGUACCUUCGCCGGCAGUGCCAAAGCUCAGUAUGGCUAAAUGCCGUCGAAAUGUGGAGAACUUCCUGGAUGCCUGUAAGAAAAUGGGAGUUCCACAGGAUAAGCUGUGUCUGCCCCAUCACAUCCUGGAAGAGCGUGGCCUGGUGAAGGUGAGCGCGACCGUGCAGGCGCUGUUGGAUCUACCCGCCAUGAAGCCCACGCAGCUAUCAGCUGCUUGACGCAAACCCGCCCGGCCCAGCCUCGCACCCAUCACACCAGGGACCACAAAUCCCCUCUUGCCACCUCACUCAGAGGACGAGGACCCAGUGGCUCUUGGCUUGUGCCUGACUGAAACAGUGAACAUCCUCCUGUCUGUGCAAAUCUCAGACACUUCCAGUCCAUCACGACUUUGGCUCUCUUGCUACUUCUACCACUGGGACUGUUUGCACUGGCGGAGCUAGAAGGGGGGCUGCAAGGGCACUGAUCCCCCCCUGAAAAAUGCUUGAGGACCCCCGGUGUCUGGACAGAUAAUAGACUUCUGGGUAUUUUCCCAAUUAUCCGGGAAUUUUAUUCCACAUUUUAACCUAUCCCCCCUAGGUAGCUUAUAAUGAAUGAGUUUUUGGAAGAAUUUGUCAGGGGUUCUUUUUUAGGUUGAUUUCCUUAGGCCCCAAAGCCCCCUAAAAGAAAAAGUAAAAUCCUAGCUCCGCCAGUGACUGUUUGCACAAGGUAGUGGCUCUAAAAGCAGUCCUGCUAAUCCCUCUUUCAAUGCUCAGUAGUUAUUGAGCCUUCUUCAAGUGCCGGUUGUGACAUGUAACUCAUUCUUUGACCCUCACUCAUUCAUGAACAUGUAUUUCAAUUCAGUGCCAUUUGCGCCCUUUCUACUCUAUACAGCUAACUUCUCUGCCAGUUAGAGCAUUCUACUGUUACAAAACUCUGCCUUUCCAAAUGCAUGACGACCACAUUUGUUGUUCAAGUCAUGCCGUAUCGCGAAUCUUCUGUAAACUAGUGUACAAAUCCUCUGCUGUUAGUGUUUAUCACCACUGUGAUGACAUGUAGCCCACUGUGGUUUCAAAGCAUUUUCUCCGUUGUUGUUUUUUUAGUUGAAGUCAUGGAUUUUUCUACACCUUUUUAGACUUUUCCCACGCAAGACACAGAGAAGCUUUUUAUCAUUGCUUGGGAUGCUUUUUCCAUGAAAGGAUCCAAAUAUGCCAGGACGACUUCCACAAAGCACAAUGUGCUCACACUGUCUCAUAUGCUCAAUCAUGUCAGGGAAAUCAGAAUGACUU